GUAAAAAUAUUUUACAUACAAAAAAAAAUAUAUAUAUAUAUAUAUUCUUCGGAACAGUCUUUCUAGUAAAAACACUUUUGCAUGAAAAUACUUGUUAUCUUGACAAAACGUAUCUCUAUGAUCUGAGAAAAUUAUUGGAAUUUUCUUAUUCAACGCAAAAACUUUUAACAAACGCAAUUAUUCCGAUAAAUGAAGAAAUGAAAAUGUUAAAAAAAGUAUUGAACGAUCCAAAAUUUUGGAUACGAGAAAUAUCUUGGAAAAAUCAAACUUUGGGUGCGGCGCUACCUCUUCCAUCUCAAGGAUUAUCGUAUGCGAAUGGAGAAGAUUUAAUAAUGAAAGGAAGACCUAAAGAAUUCGAAAGUGAUUAUUGUCUUGUCGGAAUUGUUAAACAAAAAUUUUAUAACGAAUGUUCAAUACCUUACAAAUGCAUACAAAUAAUAAUGAAUAAAGAUAAUCCAAAAGGAUAUCCUCUUACGCAUAGAUUACUUAUUAUACAGACUUUAAGAGCAAUGGGAUGUAAGGAAAAUCGAAUGGUGCCAUUUUUAAAAUUGUUACCUAUUUAUUGUUCUCGUAUUCUUCAAGAUAUGAUUGACAUUGAAGCGAUUGGAUUUCCUUAUAAUGCGCGAGAUCUGUUAAUGGAACAAGUUGUUUUAUGUGGAUCAGAAGGAUAUUUGGAAUUCAUGGAUAAACAUUAUGAGAAUUUAAUUUUAAGCUGGUCUCAUCCUAGUGGUUGUUACAGCGCAUUUGGUUAUGGAGAAUUUAUACCGAAAAGUAAUAUGAAUACCGAUUUUGGAUGUGAUAGCCAUGCUACAGGUCUUGCAGCUGCAAGUUUAGCAUUAUUUAUUCGUAAAGAUGUAGAAACUGCGUUUCAAUGAAUAUAGAUUAAAUUUUUACUUUUAUGUACGCAUAUACAUAAAUACAUACAUAUAUGGUUAAUUAAAAACAACGAAUGAUUCAAUAAAAAUAUUAUGAAAAUAAAUUAUUAUUUUUACGUGA